AUGGAGAAUUCUGGAGACACAAAACAUGUGGGGAUGGGACUUCAUGUCUCUGUGUCCCCCGCACAAACUGCCUUCUACACCAUCCUGGUGAUGCUGGGCAUCCUGGGUAACGCCACUGUGGUCGGGGUGAUUGGUCAGAGUGUAAUAAUGGACCGUGGUGGAGGACGUAACUCGGACAUCAUUAUCAUUAACAUGGCACUGUCUAACCUAAUGGUGUCUCUGAUGAGGAACACACUGCUUGUCAUCUCAGACAUGGGACUACAGCUGUACUCAUCCAAAGAGUGGUGUCAGUUUCUCAUGGGUGUCUGGGUGUGGCUGCGAUCUGUCAACGUGUGGUCAACACUCUUCCUCAGUGCGUUCCACCUCCAGACAUUGAGGCGUGUGGCUCCAGUUAUCGGGAACCUUCACGGGGCUCGGGGCGCUCCUAAGACCCUACUGCUAAUUCUGGGCCUCAUCUGGCUUCUCAAUUUUAUUUACUCCAUUCCUGCUCAUAUCUUUUCUACCAGUGGGAACGAGAACAGCACAGAGACCCUGAUUCUGGUGAGCACCACAACACGCCCCCUGCUGGGCUGUGUGGGAACUUUCCCUCCUAGCUACAGUGCCCCUGCCUAUGCACCACAUUCUAUGGUGAUUCACCAAUGGCCCCUGCAGCAAGGAUUCAGCCCCGGCACACGGGACGAGAGCUCCACCAGGUGA